AUGGUUUUGACUCAUUCAAUAGCCAAGGAUGGUACUCACAUCUUUCACAAUAAGCUAGCCAACAACUUCCUUUUAAUUGGCGACAAUGGUAAUAGCAUUGAGACUACUAAGGAAUACCCAACAACAUUGACUAAUACCAACACCAGCAUCAUUUCAUGCAUCAUUGGUGUCAUCAAGUUAAAAGUGAACUCCUAUGUGAUCAUUGCCGAUAAGCAUCUUGUGACUGGGUCCAUCUUAAACAAAGAGAUUGCAUUGAUCAAAAAGUACAAGAUCUUAUCGUUGAGUGGAGCUAAGCCAACAAGUGAGGAGAAGAUUUAUUUGGAUCUUUUGGAUGAACAGUUAAGAAGUGGUACGUUGUACUAUUCCGUUGACAAUCAAUAUGAUAUUACCAACUCAUUGCAGAAACAAUACACUACUGAUCACCCCAAAAUUGAUGAGAGAUUUUGGUGGAAUAAAUUUAUUUCAACGCCUUUGCUUGAAGCUGAUUCUAGAUUUGAAUUCACGACUCCAAUCAUUUACGGAUACUUUAAGUCCCAUGCCACUAUCUUUAAUGGUAGAGCAUUACAAUUUGCUUUAUUAACGCGUCGUUCAACUGAAAGAGCUGGAACUAGAUAUUUCCGUCGUGGUAUUGAUGCUCAAGGUAAUGUUGCCAAUUUCAAUGAAACGGAACAAUUUGUCACCACUGAUGACAAUCACAUCUAUUCAGUAUUGCAAACAAGAGGUUCAGUGCCAGUGUAUUGGGCUGAAGUUAACAAUUUGCGUUACAAGCCUAAUUUGGAGAUUAGUACUCAACCUUCAGGAGAUGCAACUGCAGCACAUUUCACUCAACAAGUGGAGUUCUAUGGUGACAACUUCUUGGUAAACUUGGUCAAUCAACUGGGAUACGAGCAGCCUGUGAAACAAGCAUAUGAAGCGGCUGUGGAAAAUUUACCUGAAAAGUUGAAAGCUCAUGUUCAUUACAUUUAUUUCGACUUCCAUCAUGAAUGUAAAGGUAUGAGAUACGACAGAAUCAACUUGUUAUUGGAUCAUUUGAUUAACUUGGGCUAUACUUCAGACAAUUACUUUGAAAUCGAUUUGAACGCAAGACAAAUUGUUCAUUUACAAAAAUCAGUGGUUAGAACGAAUUGUAUGGAUUGUUUGGACAGAACCAAUGUUGUUCAAGGUGCCAUUGGUAGAUGGGUCUUACAAAACACAUUGGUUAAAUCGGGAUACUUGAAAUCAAUUGAAACUCCAUUUGCCAAAGUUGAUCCUCUGUUUAAUUUGUUUUUUCAAAAUUUCUGGGCCGACAAUGCAGACGCUGUUAGUUGUGCAUACUCAGGAACUGGUGCUUUGAAAACUGAUUAUACACGUACUGGUAAGAGAAGCUAUCGCGGCGCAUUGCAAGAUUUGAGAAAUUCACUUACUCGUUAUUACAAAAAUAACUAUUCCGAUGGAAGUAGACAAGAUUCAUAUGAUUUGUUUCUUGGUAAAUACAAACCAUACCAAGAUGCAGUUCAAUCACCAUUUAUUGACGUGAGACCAGCUUAUGUUCAAUUGUUGCCAUACUUGAUGGGUACGUCAUUUUUGAUUAUGUUGGCAGUUUUGUAUUACCCAAGAGGAUCAUUGUUGGAUUUGAAAAAUUUGGCAAUAAUUGCCUUGUGUUUGAUCUUUAAUGUUAGGAGUUUAUCUUGGAUUCUUGCUAAUGGUUACCAAUAUGUUGAUUGGCCAAGAUUGGUUCCUUUGGAUUACUUGAGAAAACAAUCUACUUAUGAUGCUGAUGGUAAAGUGACUGGCACCAAGUUUGAAAAGACUGACUAUUUCAAAGGAAUCAGCAAGAAGAAGAAUUGA